AACAAAUAGGUGCACCAUUUCAUCGACGGCGCACGAUAGCUCUCCUCCGCCAUGGACGCGCCUGAAUCACCACCACAACCGGCGAGCUCUCCUCCGCUCACCUCCGUCUCCAUCGACGCGGUAGACGACCCGCUCUCGAGUACGUACGCGUCUCUGAACUCCCACUGUCACGAUCUCUCCACUCUGCAGGACCUCGCCUGCCGCGGCGCGUGGCGGACGAUCCUAGACAAGGUGGCGCGUUCGCGAUCGCUCUCCCUUCUUUCGCGGCCGCACGAACACCUAAUAUACCUCACCUUCAAUGUUCUCGCCUUGGUCAAGCUCCGCCGCUACGCUGACGCGCAGCAAGAGCUCGAAACCCUAGAUGAUGAUCUCGGAUCCAAGCAAUACCUGUUCGAGUCGUAUCCGGAUCAGUACCCGAACCACAAUCCCGGAUCCAUGAUCCCUUUCGCGCUCCGUUGGUUGCACGUGCACUUGCCAUUUACCCUAGGUGAUCGCCAAUUAUCCCUUGAUCGCCUUUACGUCCUUCUGCAUUUCAUUCGCGACACGAAAUUGUCGCGCAGUCGCGAUUCGAUUACUGAAAUCUCGAUGAAUCUUUGGAAGAAGCGUGAGACGUUUGUGAUCAAUUCAAUUGUGAGUCAUCAUUUGAGUCUGAAGGAAUUUAAGGUGUGUCUGUAUUUGUUGAAGGCGGAGACUUGUAAAACCGAGGAUCCUUUCAUGGUAUCCAAACUAGGGUACGUGCAGAUGCAAUACGGUGAUCUUGAUGGGGCGAAACGGAGCUUUAAAUUGGUCGAGAAAAUGGUGGAGAAGAGUGAGAGUGGGGAUGUGAGUUUAAAGAAUUUGGUGGGUAGGAAUAAGGCAUUGAUUUAUUUGGUUGGGAAGGAUUAUGUGUCUGCUGUGAGGGAGUAUGAAGAGUGUAUGGAGAGGGAUGCAUCCGACGUUGUGGCUAUCAACAACAAAGCUCUCUGUUUGAUGUAUUUGAGGGAUUUGUCGGACUCGAUCAAGGUGUUGGAAAGUGCAUUGGAGAGGGUUCCGACUGUGGCAUUGAAUGAGACGCUUGUUGUAAAUUUGUGUAGUAUGUAUGAGCUGGCCUAUGUGAAUCAUGCUGAUGUUAAGAAAACUCUUAGUACUUGGAUUGCAAGAGUGGCUCCGGAUGACUUCGAUACUUCAUGUACCAGGAUUUGAGUUAUUACUGGAUAGAGAUCUGUUACUCUUGCUCUUAUCAACUUUUAAGCUUUCAUAUCAUUACCUACUGUAACAAGUUUCCAUACAGCCAAUGGGAAUGUGCUGUAGUAGUAUGGAGUAUUUAUCAUCAGUAGUGUCCAGCCCAAAUAUGUUAGAAGCAGUUGCUAGUGUUGCACAUUAUACAUCUAUGGUGCUCAGCAUAAAAUCUUGAGGCAAGAUUUCCCUCUGUACUUCUUGACUAUAUUUACACAAAAUGGAUUUAAUGGAAUAACCGAAUAAGCUUUUGAUUCAAAAAGGGUACGAUUUUGGCUGUUUAUUUGCUUUCUUUGUUAGCUUGACAUGCCCACAAGGCGCAGAACUGUAUUAAUAUAUUUUGUGAAGGAUUGUUAAAUUGAGAAUAUGAAAGUUCUGGAUCCAUCUAGACUGUGUUGUUGAUGCUAUACAAUGCCAAUGAUAGAUAACCUGUGAGAUUGUAUUUAUGUUGCAUUGUGUUUUAAGAGUAAUCACAGCUCUCAAUCGUAAUAGUGUGGUGAUAUAACUAUUUUUUCAGGCAAUAGUGUGGUGAUAUAACUAUUUUUUCAGGCAAUGUUGCGAAGGUGCUAGGUAGCAGGCCUGGUCCUACUGCGUAGGCAGGCUGAUUGGGGGGAAAAUGAGAGAGAGAGGGUUCGGACUGCCUAGCUCCUUGGCUGGCCUAACCAAGACUAAUCAGGUGUUAUUACAACUGCUCUUGUUUCCAUCCCAAAAUAGUCUUCUAAAACCUUUUCUCUUCAUCCCAAACUUAGUCUUUUCUUUGUUUCAAAGUGUAUUAAAUUUUCAUUUUUCAUGAUACAAUCUUACUUAAUGAUUUUUUAAAGCAACAAUAUAUUAUUUUAGAUGAGUAAACAAGGGUAAAGUGAGAAA